GAGGGCCGAGCUUCUCGGCUCUUCCCACCAUCCCCCUUUUGUGCGCUACUACUUCUAGAACUCCCCACACUCAGCAGUCCUUCCUGCUUAGCAAGCUCACCGUGUUCUUUUCCUCUUUAGCAUCCUCUUUCUCCUCAACGUUUUUGAUUUCACCUCUUUAGAUCUCAGAACCCUUCCUUGCCAGUGGCACUGCUAAGGCGGCUGCCUGCAUCUCAGCCAUUGCCCUCUGCCCGCAGGGAUGGAAGAGACUUCCAGCUGAGAGGCUGCAGGAGGUCAGAAGAAGCUGAUGACGGGUGAAUUCCUCAAACAAAAAAGUCAGAGAACCUCUUAAGCGUCAAACGUGCCAAGGAAUCUGUUGCUAAUGACCGUGCCAACGAGACUAAGCGGGGGAAACCCGUGCCAGUGAGACCAGGUGAGGUGGCCACGCAGAAGCGGCCAACGCCAAUGAGACCAGGCUGAGGUGGCCAUGCAGACGGCAGCAGGAGUCAGGGGACGGUGCCCAGCAAAGGUCUCCGAGGCUUCUCACGGUCUCCGCGUGGGGUUUGCAGCCAGGGCGGUGCUGAAGGGGGGGAGCGGUGCCUGCGUGGUGCCGAUGCCAGCAGGUGCCGCUGCGCUCUCGGUGCCGCUGCGGGCGGCGAGCGGGGCGGGGAGCGGGGCGGGCGAUGCCUCCCCCCGCCUCCUCCCUUCAUCUCUCCCUCCCUCCGUCCUCGGCCGCUCGCGCCGCCGGGACCAUGGGCUGCUGCUGCCGCCUUCUCCUCGCCCUCCUCCUCCUCCUGCCCGCAGGACUCGGUGAUGACCCCGUAGCACCGUCCCUUGCCCCAUUCCCAGUGGUGGGGACAUCAGCAGGGCCAGGCUCAGGGGGCACGCCUGUCCCCACAGCAGCUCCCCACCAGUCUACACCUCUCACAGCUGUGGGACCCACCAGUAACGGAGUGUCCCCCGAGGUGGGUGACCGCAAUGGGAGCACCACAGCCAUGUUGUCCCGUGCCUCCACCCUCACAAACACCGUCACUGCAGCAGACAGCCCAUCAGUGGCCCCCAGUUCGGUGCCACCAACCCUGGAGACAGUCCUGAGUCCUUGGACAGCACAUUCCAGCGUGGCGAGAGGCACGACAGAUUUGGGGACAAAUCCCAGUCCUGUGGACACGUCUACAUCCUUCUCCUCUUCCUCCCCUCACAACAGCACCCUGCACUCAUCCCCUGGGACAGCACUGCUCUCACCAGCCAUCCCCACCCAGCCGCCGGGGCUGACAAAGGAUGUCCCUUCCCCGGGGACGCUGGCUGUGGCACCAAGCCUGGCCAUGGAGCCAACAUCCCCCUCAGUGACUGCGGCCAGCCCCACCAAGGGCAUGGCCGAAGAAGGCAAAAGCACUCCCUCCACUGGUGUCACCAUAGAAGAGGUCCCGCAUGCCUUGAGUGCAGGCAGCAUCGUGGCCAUAACCGUGACGGUCAUUGUGGUGGUAGUGCUGGUCUUCGGGGCGGCGGCGUACCUCAAGAUCAGGCACUCCUCCUAUGGAAGGCUGCUGGAUGACCACGACUACGGCUCCUGGGGGAACUAUAACAACCCCCUCUAUGACGACUCCUAGCAGGAGAAGAUCCUUAUUUAUCAGCGCUUCCCCAGCACGCACCUGCUGCUUGCCCCUGCCACGCGUGCUGGGUCGCAGCCUGGAGGCCAAGCUGCUGACGCCAUGAGCAGCACACCGCGGCAGGCCCAGCAGGAGGCGGCUGGCUGCAGGGCAGGUGCACAGCGCCCACAAUAAACCUGAGUGUUGGCGCUUUGCGUGGGAAGCUCUCUGAUAACACGGGGUGGGUGCUGCUUCAGCAGCGGAGGGGGACCUGGGGCAGGUCAGCCCCUUUGCUGCUAGCCCAAUAAGCUGAAAUUCCCCGUGGGAGGGCUGGGGGAGGCAAAGGCAGAAGACGGCAGCCCUGCGUUAUCCCUGGAAAGAACGUGGGGUGUCCCAUUGCUUUACGUGCCCCUCCUUCCAAGAUCACCCCCCUGCAUUGUCCCGCUGCAAAACCCUAUGCCUUCCCUCGCCUGUGGUAGCUCGCCAUGGGCAAUUACAUGACUGCUUACUCUCCUGCUGUUUCCUUUCGUGUGUUUAUGCACAGAAGCAUGUCAUUUCACUUUUUCUCCUUUCUUUUUUCUUUUUUUUUUUCUUUUUUUUUCUUCCCCAAAUACAGUGUGGGAGCCUGUGGGAAAGGCGCCUUUCCCAUCUGCACUUCUGGGAUAAGAAACACCCCACUGCUGCACCCGUAGCUGUUUGCUUUGCAGCACUAUUUUUCAUCCUUGAAAUACUUGUCCUCUAAAAUACACUGAAGCCAUUUUUAUCCCCA